UGAGUUUGAUCAAUUUCUAUGGAAAGAUAACUUAAAAUGUUCAGAUAUAUAAUAACAUGCCCUAAUAGAGCAUGGACAUUAUAUAUUGUGGCUAAGUAACCAAUUUCAAUGAAGAAAAUAAUGGGAAUAUGUAUUAUUUUUUUAUUCCUUUUUUUGAUUCUAAGUUCUAAUGCUUUUAGUAGGGUGGAUGAAGAGGUUAGUGAUGAAAUUGCUCAAUUAUGCUUCAUGGGAUGAAGAAAGAAAUCAAUUGAGGUUAGUGAUCGAAAACUUAAACUAAAACCAUCUUAUGAUGAGUUGCAAAAUAUUCUUGUUGAAAUGCAUGAAGAUGCCAUGAAUGCUUUUAAAACCAUUGGUAUCCAAAGGAGAACUAUUCUCAAAUUGGAAGCCGAAAUUAUACAAAUGAGAAAAGAUUUUGAAAACUUCAAAAAUGAACAUGCAUCUUUAAAGCAAGAAAUAUUUGUAACUCCUUCUAAAGUUUCACCUACUAUUGAUGUUCCCAAGUAAUCAAAUGAGGACAUCAAUGCUUGCAUGGCUUGUCCUAGACUACAAUUGGAGAUUGUCUCUCUAAAAAGUAAGCUAGAACAAGCCAUCAAUGUCUCAAUGAAUUUUGCAAAUCGAUUUGCUAAACCUUCAAGUUUUAAGAAACCCUCCAAAAGAAGAGUUAAAAGAAACAAUCGAAAAUGCAAAACUCAUGAGCACAAAAUAAGGUGCAACUAUCGUAGAGAAAUUGGGCAUACCACACCAAACUGCCAUGUUAUGAAAAAUUUAGUUCCAAGAGGCAUUAUGAAGUGGGUACCCAAAGUAUCUACUUGUGUCACUAAUCCCAAGGACCCAACUUGUGUUGGGGACCUAAACCUUACCUAAAAAUAUUGUAGAAAUGUCUUGCAACCUCGCAAAGAAAGUGGUAUAUGACGGGAAAGAAAAAGGGUAUGUCUCUUAUGGUGAUAACAACCAAUGUAAGAUCUUAGCAAGAAAGUAGUAAAUAUAUCCCCGGACACUCACUCUCCCUUCCAAUUUUUCUACUCCAAAAACAAACGAACAAUCUUUUUCUCUCACAAACAAGCAAUGGCUGCUUCCUCUCUUACUGUCCUCUCCUCCACCGGUCUCCUCUCAAAGUCUCUCCAUCGCCCCAUCGUUUGUUCUCUCCUUCGCCCCUUCGCCUUUUACGCUUACCGCUAUUUUAAAUCCAAUCCCCAUCACCUUCGCCCCGUUGCCUCUUCCGCUUACAGCUCUUUUAACACCAACGCCAUGCCCCCUCUCCUUCGCCCUGUAGUCGCCUCUUCUUCUUCUAGUGCUUACCGCUCUUCUAACCCCAAGACAGUCGCCGAUCGUCUCUCCGAUAGCUCGUUCCCUCAUAUAAAUAUGUAUCCCCACUCACUCUCCUCUCUUACCGUCCCGUCUGCCGGUCACAUCUCAAAGUCUCUCCUUCUCCCCAUCGUCUUUUCUCUCCUUCGCUCCAUCGCCCUUUCCUCUCUUACUGUCUUCUCCGCCAAUCUCAUCUCAAAGUCUUUCCUUCGCCCCAUCGCCCCCUCUUCUCUCACAGUCUCCUCCCCCGGUCUCAUCUCAAAGUCUUACCUUUACCCCAUCGUCUUGUCUGUCCUUCGCCCCUCUUACCGCUAUUUUAAAGCCAAUCCCCAUCUCAUUAGCCCCUUCGCCCCUUUUAAUACUAGUGGCAUGCCUCAGAACGCUGACACUAACCGCAAUGGUCUUGUCUCAGCUGUGUUUGAUCUGUUCAUGAAUCAAGUCGUCUUCAACAAAAAGGUGAUUCGAAUCAUUCAAAGCCGCUACCAUUGGAGAGAGACAGAGGAUUAUAUGCUUAUCCGUAUGUAUAUGCCUGGACGCUUUAAGGAAGAUGUGAAUAUCAACGUGUAUCAGAAUACUCUUAGCAUUAAAGGCGAGAGAGGUGGUCGUGAAUCCUCUUGCACGCAUGAUUUAACUGGGAGACAUUACAAGAUCGAUCAGAUUAGAGCUAGGAUGAAAUGUAGUGUGCUCAAGGUUGUUUUGCCUAAAAUAAAGGAUGGGGAAACUACGGAGGAAAGGAACGACAAUAAUGUGAUUAUUGUCAAGGUUGAAUAGAAGAAAGGUUUUUUUUUUUUUUUUUUUUUUUAGUGCAAAUGAAUUUAUUAGGUUUUGAUGGUGAUAGACUGGUGUUGCUGUGUUAAAUAUUAACUAGAUCUUCUACCUGCCGCACGAGACUUAUUUAGUU